AAGUCUUUAUAUGUUCAGAGAAAAAUCGGCAUCAGCCCUCAAUUUUCUCCCAAACCCUUCACUCUCGACGAAACUGCGAAACCCUAAUUUUCUCCUCUCUCUCUCUCUUACUCCCUCUUUCGACUGCUCCUUCAGUGUUUCUGUUAAAUUUCUCUUUGAACAUGGCCGCUCCUUUGGAUAUGAGUCUCGAUGAUAUCAUAAAGAACAACAAAAAAUCCAGAUCCGGAAUUUCUAGAGGUCGCGGUAGAGGGUCCGGACCGGGUCCCGUCCGUCGAGUCCCCAAUCGCGCCGCUAAUCGCACACCUUAUUCCGCUCCCAAGGCGCCGGAGACGACCUGGCAGCAUGAUAUGUUUGUCGAUCAGGGCGCGGGUUUCCCCGUGCAAGCUGGACGUGCCUCUAGCAUUCAGACUGGAACUAAGCUCUACAUAUCUAAUUUAGAUUAUGGUGUCUCUAACGAAGAUAUUAAGGAACUUUUUUCUGAGGUCGGAGAUAUGAAACGCUACGGUAUCCAUUAUGACAAAAGUGGCAGAUCCAAGGGAACGGCGGAAGUAGUUUUCUCACGACGAGGAGAUGCUGCUGCGGCUGUCAAGAAGUACAACAACGUGCAGCUAGAUGGAAAACCGAUGAAGAUAGAGAUCGUUGGAACUAAUAUUGCCACUCAUGCUGUUGGUCCUCCCGCUGCUGUGAACCCUUUCGAAAAUUUCAAUGGGGUUCCUAGAAGGCAACAAGGUAGGGGUGGUCUGCCAUCACGUCAACGUGGUGGUCGUGGUUCUGGAAGGGGGCGUGGGCGGGGAAGAGGCCCAAGUGAAAAAGUAUCUGCCGAAGAUCUUGAUGCCGACUUGGAAAAGUAUCAUGCUGAGUCGAUGCAGAUAAAUUAGUGGAUUCAUACAUUAUUUGGUUCUGUCACCUUCAGUUGUUCUCUGUAUCACCACCAUUGUCUAGACUUCGCAGAAAAGGGCUAUGGUUAUCCUUAGAGUUGGUUUGAAUUUCUUACAGCUUUUGGGCUUUCUUUUAUUUAGAUUUUAUAUGACUUCAGCAUGGUAAUGUAAUUGACGAACAGUAGUCAGUGUGUACUCUGCUUUCAUUCAUUAAGUCCUUUCUGUUUCAUUUAAUGAGUUGGGAAUCAAAGUGGAUCUAUUUCUUCCCACCCUUUGCCCGAUCACAUCUGCGAGGAUGAUGUUGGUUUGAUAAAAUACCACUCCCAGAUUUCACAACAAAUGAGUUGCAGUUCCUUAUUGAGGGAACUUCAACUCCACAAAACUAAUAUGUAGGCAUGAAGUAUUGAACUUGUCAAGUGUUGGGUAAUGCACUAAAAGAUGAACACACUUCAUAGCAUGCUAUGGGAUCCUACUCUGAGUCGAAUUAUUCUAAGAAACUACCAAGAUGAUUUUGUUGCCUUUUUGGACUACGGAAUCUUCAUCUCUGCCUGCAUUUUAUCGUAAAAAGACCUGCUUAACAGGUGAUAUCUUUAUCAUAAGUAAUUGUUGGUCGAACUCCUGCAACGUGGUGGUAUACUACUGCUGUGCUCAUGGUGAAAAUCCGCAGAGCCGUGAAUACAUGAGAGCAGGAGGCAUAUUUGAGGUACCAUACCAUCACUGUUGAGGACAGCUCCAAGUUCUUUUCUUUUUCUUCUUUCUUGAAUUUCUGCCUAGUGCUAGCAUAUGAUCUUCUCUCCUAAGAUGAUUGAUUGAUGGCAUUAUGAGAUUUUGGCGGAUGAUCAAUGAGCGCGGUAGAAACUUCAUCUCUUGGCAUCAUUUAAAUACCCCAUAUUUUCAUUUUUUUUAAGUUAAAACCAACUUACCCUGUGGAAUUGUGUUGCGGUGUGUUAUUUAUUGAUGAUACUGGUACCUGAGUGUGGAUUUUUUUAACAUCACUGCAUUUAGAACCCAAAAGUGGCCGGCUGUGAAGUUUGGAUUUCAGCUUCUUCAUCUAUUGAUUGACAGGAAGUGUCUUACCUCAAGCUUGUGCCUGCAUUGGUGAUGCCUUAGUAUUGUUAAUAUUGAAUGUAUCUGGAUCUAAGUAAGUUUUGUAAUUUGUUAGUUGGUUCACAAUUUGUAGUGUGUGAUUUAUGGAUAUGUUAGAGGUAUGUUAAGUGGUGUUGUGGCAUUAAUUUCCUCCAUUUUGGUAGCUGGUUAUAAUAAAGUCAUUUG